AUGCUGUGCCCAGAGGAACCAGAUGUCCUGAUAGAUAAGGACCUGCUUGACUUCCUCCUGAAGGAUGAUGCUCCCUGCCCUGAAAUCCUAGAGAAGGAGAAUGGUCUGCUGGAAGACUGGAGCACACCGGAGCCUGAGCUCCUGGUCAAGGAGAUGGAUGAGUUCAUCAGCUUCAUGCUGAAACGCUUUGAAGACAAGCCAGGCAUGCUGCAGGGUUAUUUGCCUGCUGACAGUGACAACGGCAUUUGUACGAAUCAGUUUCUGUCCUAUAGCCCCGGCAUCGACUUUGCUGGCAGCCUUUGGAGCCCAGACGUUGUGCAGGUUGAUCACAACUAUUCCCUCCAUCAGGAUUUUCCUAUGCUGGAAAGCGUGAAAUCUGAAAUAGCAGAAGGAAAUGUUUCCACUGACCUUGGGACAUGGAUGGGUUUGGAAGGCACAAGCAAGGCAAUGGAACUGAGCUCCAGUUUUCCCAUUGCUGUUGCUGUGGAGGCCGAACCUCAGCUUGUGCCUGGAGCCAUCAUGCAAUCUGACUUUCCAGUCCGGUUAGGGGAGGAGAGGCAGCUCCUGGAGAAAGAAGGUGUUUCAUUACCAACCUCUCUGCCACUGACCAAAACUGAAGAGCGGCUUCUGAAGAAAGUGCGUCGGAAGAUCCGGAACAAGCCAUCAGCCCUGGGUAAUCGUCGCAGGAAGAAGAUGUACAUCGAUGGCUUGAAACACAGGGUGGCAGCCUACACGGCUCAGAACCGUGAGUUGGAGAAGAAGGUGCAGCUGUUGCAGAAGCGGAACAUGUCGCUGCUCAAGCAGUUGAGGAGACUGCAGGCCUUGGUGAGACAGUCCACUGCAAAAACUACCACAGCAAAAACCUGCACUAUGGCUAUGGUUCUGUCCUUCUGCCUUGUUGUGUCCCCCAGCAUCUGCUUGUUUGACAGCCAGGAACAGCAGAUGAAGCUCGGAGUGCUGUCACAGCAGAUUGGCCAGUUCCCAAACCAAGCAGUAUGUGAUGUGCAAGAGAAUGCUGCGCUGGAGGGGUUCACCCUGGAGCCUGAGGACACCUCACUGUCAGACAGCCUCACUGAAUCACAGGAAGAGGGGCACAGUACAUCCAACCCUGAUCCAGGACCUUCUUUCAACGACAACUCAUGCUCUGACCCUCCUGUGGCAGCAGCGUGCUUUGAGCUGUGCCCUGCCCAGUUUCAGGAGCAGUACUUCCAGGUCAACCCUUUGCAGACAGCAGUGCUGUUGGAGUGGGACGCCAAGAGGCAGGAGUGGGUGGAACACACUGCCACAGUUGUCGUCCAGCACGACUGUGCUGAUGAGAUGUGA